CUGAUGUUCAGAUGUACUGCAGGUCUUUAGAAUCUGACACAUCUGUGCACACACAUGUACAUGUCCGCUAGGUGUCCAAUCACAGUUGAUCGCAUGUAAGCGGCAUUCCUCUGAGGGGACAUCUACACUGAUGAUCAGUGUAGCCCCAUCAGUGCCACCUGUCAAUGCCACAUACCAGUGCCCAUCAGUGCACAUCAAUGCCACAUAUCAGUGCCUACCAGUGCACAUUAAUGCCACAUAUCAGUGCCUACCAGUGCACAUUAAUACCACAUAUCAGUACCAACCAGUGCACAUUAAUGCCACAUAUCAGUGCCUACCAGUGCACAUCAAUGCCACAUAUCAG